AUGGCGGGGGCUUCUAAUCGCAAAUUUCAAGAUAAAUUGCAAUCGCAGGCGAAAUCAAAUGAGGCUGUUACAAGAUCGUCCAUGUCCAAGUUGAUUGCUUUCUCGCUAGCUUUGGUUUUGCUACCAAUAUCCGUUUACUUUGUAUCGCUGAAUAGAAUAUUCACGGGUAACUCCACAUACGCUGCCAUUACAGCUGCAAUCACUGCCAACGUCGUCCUAAUCUCUUACGUCGCUAUGGCCAUUUUAGAAGAUGACAGCGGCAUCAAGCAAAAGAAAUCAGAAUAG